AUGAUGGUUCCUACUAGGGGAUUCCCGGUUGACAGACUAUUUCGAUUGGCAGUUGCGAAAGUUCCAAAAGGAUCCGUGUCAUCUUUGGGAUCCAUGCUAUCGAUGAACGCGCAAAGUCCCAAUAACAGCAAUGGUCAAGUUCGUUCUGCAUCCUCCAAUAUUCGCGAACCAAAGUACUGGGCUAAUCCAGAUCUCAGGCAAUACAAAUUCUGGAAUCGCGACAACGAAUCGUUUGCCAAAGAAAAGUAUUCCUACUUGCUGGAAAUUUCACCCGAAUCCUUGAAACGAGAAGCCCGCAUUAUCAGUCUGAAUGCCCCUGACGACUCCGAAUCUUCAGCUUUGUUCAAGAAGGGCGCUCUGUUACCCUCGGGCGCUCACUUUCUCGGGCAGGGACAAACGUUGGACGACUUUGCCAGUUUGAAGGCUUUGCCAUCCACACAGCAUCCAACCACACUGUUUGUGUCCCCUUCUUGUCCGAAUGCUCGCAAGCAAUUGCCGGAGGUCUUGGCGGCAUUCCCAUCUAUUCAGUGGGUCCACGUCCGUUCGGCGGGUAUUGACUUUCUGAUCAGUGACGAACUGACAGAAUUUCAAGAAUCGGUCUACUUCACUAAUGCCAAGGGUCAAUUUUCUUCCAGUUUGGCGGAAUACGUGAUGAUGGCAUGUUCCUACUUUGCUAAAGACCUGCCCCGCCUCAUGAAGAAUCAAAACAAACAGAACUGGGAUCCAUAUGAAAUUGAAGAACUCCGUGGCAAGACGCUCGGAAUUGUCGGCUAUGGUGAUAUCGGACGGGCUUGUGCCAAAUUGGCUUCGGUGUAUGGGAUGCGAAUUGUUGCUCUGCGUCGUCACCCCUACUUGUCACGUGACGACCCGUACUGUGAUAUUGUCUAUGGACGCGAUGCUGACAGUUUGCACACACUAAUGGGAGAAUCUGACUACAUUGUGUGUUCUGCACCUUCCACGGUCGAAACAAGAGGUAUGGUCAACGCCGAAGCCUUUGACCAUGUCAAACAAGAUGCCGUUCUGAUCAAUUUGGGACGGGGUCCUGUCAUUGAUCAGGCCGCCAUGACCAAAGCCCUGCAAACUCGUAAACUCAAAGGAGCGGCCUUGGACGUCUUUGAUCAAGAGCCGCUUCCCAAGGAUGACGCAUUGUGGAAACUUGACAAUGUCUUGCUGAGUCCGCAUAAUAUGGAUCAAACAGCUACCUUCAUGACGGAGGCAACAGAUUUCUUCUUGCAAGAGAACCUGCCACGGUUCUUGUGCGGCGAAGAUUUGCUGAAUCCGGUUGAUGUCCAUGCAGGCUAUUAA